UGAAAUCUUCAUUUUCUUACAAACAUGCCAAGCACAAGAAAUAUGAGAAAUCUCAACAUCUGCUUUUCAAAUUCAACUCUAUCAAAAUCUCCACCUGCAAGUCCCACUGCUACUACUACUACCAGUGCAACUUCCUCACAUCAACAUCAUCAUCAAAUUCAUCACAAACCAUCUUCAUCUACAUCUUCCACAUCAUUUAUGAUUAAGAACUUCAACUCUCUCUAUGACCCUUCCUUAACCUCUAACCAUACUUUAUGCUCUUCUUCACUCUCUACCACUUUCACCACAUCCACAUCAUUCAAUCUCGACUUCGAACCCGAACCCGAACUCGAACCAGUUGACUUUGCAGCUGCCUUCGCCUCUCAACGCUUCUUCUUCUCGUCUCCCGGAAGUUCGAACUCGCUAAUUGAAUACACAAACACAAAUUGCAAGUCCAACGGUACCAAGCAUGAGAAGAAGAAGAACAAAAAUGAAGAGAAAGAGGAGGUUUUGUUCAACGGAAGCGUGGCUGUACCGACCUAUUCGCCUGAUCCUUAUACAGAUUUCAGAAGAUCGAUGCAAGAGAUGGUGGAGGCUCGUCCGGAGUUGAUGGAUGUGAAAUCUAAUUGGAACAUCUUACAUGAAUUGCUUCUUUGUUACCUUGCUCUCAACCCAAAAAACACUCAUAAGUUCAUUCUAGGUGCUUUUGCCGAUCUUCUUGUUACCCUCAUAUCGUUGUAAUCAUGAUUUUAAAUUGCAGUUGCAACGUGAAUUGUGAUACUCUUGUAAAAGAACACUCAUAAUCUCAUUCUAAGUGCUUUUGUUGAUCUUCUCAUUACCCUCGUACUAUCGUUAUCGUAAUCAUAGUUUUAAAUUGCAGUUGCAGUUAUACAUCUUUAAUAUUACGGUCAUAACUGCAGUUUAGAGCUAUGAUUCAUGUGAUUUCGAAAAACAUGUAGGGUUGAUGUGAGCUAAUGAUUUGUCUCAUCAUCAUCAAUAAAACUGGUACAUCAUUCAUACA